AUGUCUCCAGAGACCAGUCGGGUUAAUUCGGUGGUGCAAACAGUGAUUAGUCUUACUACAGUAUUAGAAGCUACCAAAAAAACGACACAGAGUCAUGGACCAAGUACAGUAACGGUCACCACACCAAGGAUUAACGAAAACAAAACGAAAUGCUAUCCUUUUGUUGGCUGUUUUGACAACUUUCCACCAUUCGAUAAUGCAAAACUAAAUCUUCCUAAGUCACCACAAGAAGUUGGAACUCAAAUGCAGAUAUUUACCAAUAGUAACCCACAGAAUGGUUACUUCUUAAAUUUCACAGACUUGGGUACUAUAACCAAAUCUCCAUUUAAACCCGGCCUUAAGAUUAAGUUUAUCAUUCAUGGAUUUAGUAAUACCAUUAAGACACCGUGGAUAUAUCAAAUGAAAGACGAACUUUUGAAAAUGGAAAAUAUGAACGUUGUCGUUGUAACAUGGGGACCUGGUGCUGCUUUCCCAAACUAUGAUCAAGCUGUAGCUAAUACAAGAAUGGUGGGAACACAGAUUCGUUUGAUUAUAGACAUGAUGGUUGAUCAUGCUGGUGCUAAAUUUUCAGACAUACAUCUUAUUGGACACAGCCUGGGUGCUCAUACAGCUGGUUUUACAGGAUGGCUGCUUCAUGGUCGACUCUCGCGUAUUUCCGGUAUGGACGCGGCUGAACCAGACUUUGAAAAUCAUCCAAUGCAGAUUAGACUAGACGACACAGACGCACAGUUUGUAGAUGUUAUUCACACUAACGGAGCUCCUUUUAGUCAGGGCGGUGCAGGUCUAAUGCAGGUUUCAGGACAUGUAGAUUUUUAUGUAAACGGAGGGAAAUUACAGCCGGGUUGUCCAAACCAGAUUUCUGGCGCAUUUAGCGGUUUGUUUGGUGGUGGAUUUAAAGGUGCUGCUGAGGCGGUUUCGUGUAGCCAUUCCCGAUCUCAUGAAGUGUUUACAGAAUCAAUCAACACUCCAUGUCCAUUCACAGCAUACCCUUGUAACUCUUCUGAAUCUUUUAAUGCUGGAAAUUGUCUAACGUGUGGUUCAAAUGGCUGCUCACAGCUUGGUUACUAUGCAGAUAUGUAUCGAGCACGUGGAAAACUCUUUCUUAACACGAAAGAGAAGUCUCCAUUUUGUGGUUUUCAUUACAUGAUUAAGUUAGAAUCUGGUUCACUAACUACUUACGGAACAAUCAACAUCCAAAUAAAAGGCAAUUUUGGAAACACAGGAUGGCUGGAAUAUAUCAAGGAUGAUGAAAUUACCAAAUACAAAACCUACAGCAAAAUGAUUAUAUCAUCGGUGGAGGUUGGAGAAAUAGAAAGUGUUUAUAUUAAAUAUGUGAAAAGGCCGAAGAGUUUAUUUCACAUGUUUGGAGGAGAAACUCGGUAUAAUGCUAUAUCAUUGGAGGUUACCUCUGGAGAAAUAGGAGGAAAUUACUUUUUCUGUUUGAAUGGAUUGGAGAUACCACACGGAGCACCUGUUACAGCCAAAAAGUCGACAACUAGAACAUGUGUCUAACUAGCGACAAUAAAAAUGGAAACUGC